GCCCGGUGUUUCGAUACAGGGUUCGGUGUUGAAUGUACCGUAACAACGCCGUCGCUAAUGAUAAUUCAGCACUUUGUUAUAGAUUGAAGCCAUUAUUGUUAUUCCCUGUUAUUGCGGUUAGUCUGCACCGCUUAACGUCAGCGUAAAAAAAAAAAAAACAAUACAGUUUUGUAGCUCGGUUUGGUUAACAGCAGUCAUGCUGGCGCGCUUCGUAUCGAUAGUUAGCCUAGCUGCUAUCUGUGAGUGAGUGAGAGAGAAAAAGAGAGAGAGGGGACUUUGAAUGGGGAACUUGCCGGUACCGUCCACCUGCAGCUGCAGACGUUCGGACCCCAGUCCAGCCGCCUGAAGUCCCCGCUCCGUCGGUUAGCGUUAGCUAGCCGAUACACGUCUGUAUCUCAGCCGUCGAACGGAAAUCUUGCAGUUAAUGUUUCGCCAAGAGGUCAGUGUGACGUCUUUUAUUCCAGCUUGUUCGUAUUUUUUACAACACGAGAAGAGGAAUAUGUCCAGGUAUAACAUCUACAGCCUGUUGGACUGGGUGUACGGCGGCGUGGACCCCAAGUUUGAGGGGAACGGAGGCCCCGAGUGCGCCGCCUUCCUGGCGCCCCAGCAGCGGCUCACCGAGACCCUGGUCAUGGUCCUGGUCUCCGUCCUGGAAAUCGGCCUGUCCCUGAAGAAGAUAAACGCCUCCAGGGAAGCGAAGGCGAUCGGGAAAGAGUGUACAAGGGUAAAGGAGGACAGUCUGGGCAAGAACCUGUUGCUGGUGGCGCUGUGCAUGACUUUUGGAGUGGAAGUUGGGUUUAAAUUCGCCACCAAGACUGUGAUCUACCUGCUGAACCCCUGUCAUGUGGUCACCAUGAUCCAGAUCUUCCUGCUGGCCUGCCCGCCGUGUAAAACAGCCAUGGUCGUGUUUCGCCUUCAAGUCCACAUGCUGAACGGUGCGUUUUUGGCUCUAAUGUUCCCCGUCGUCAACACCAGACUGCUGCCGUUUGAGAUGGAGAUCUACUACAUCCAGCACUCCAUGUUGUACCUGGUCCCUCUUUAUCUUCUGAGGAAAGGAGGUGUGUACAAACCAGAGCCACUGGCAGACAUGUGGUGGGCGCUGCUCUCCACCGGCAUCCUCUUCCUCUAUCACUUCACCUUCUUACAGCUUCUGGGUGUGGUGACUGAGGUCAACCUGAACAACAUGCUGUGUCCAGCUGUCUCUGAUCCGUUCUACGGGCCUUGGUAUCGGGUUUGGGCUACAGGCCACCAGACGCUGCUGACCCUCGUUCAUGGGAAGUUGCUCACGCUGCUCUCGCAGCACACAGGCUCCACCUGCAGAUAUGUGCUGGACACAUUCCGACUGCGCAGCAAGAAAGUUGACUGAACGUAGAGACGCACGCAGACCGCAUCCUUCACGCUAAAUGGGACUUUUCUUUUUUCUUCUUCCUUUUUUAAUGAAAAUUUUAAUGCAUCUUUUAAGACUGUUUUGCUGAAACAUAAAGCGUUGCCAGAUCAGCGAAUCGAUGUCGUAGUUAACUUGCAUGCUCCAGCGUCGUAGGCAUUUUAAUGCUCAUCGAUAUCUUUGUGGCGUUCCUAACAAACAGCGUUUUAUAUCCACUCCAAGAGGGCGCUCAGUGGAUUUGUGAGCGAUGCCGUUAUUUCUCAGGUGCCUUUAUGUGGAAAUCAUGUUUUAAGGAGAGAGAGAGGAAAAUAAAAAGGGGGAAAUUUUUACACUUCCGUUUUUUUUUUGUGCAGUUGUCGUCGCUCACACGUUUAGUGUGUGAAAGCUCACACUCACUCAUUUGUCUUCAGCCGCUUACUCCAGUUAAGGGUCGCAUGGGUGGAGCUUAUGCCAGCAGUCGUAGGCCGUGAGGGCGUUUAAAAGAUGCCUUUUUUUAUUAUUAUUUGUUUGGAAGCUUUGUGUGACUGUGAGAAGUUGUAAAAGUUGUUGCUUCUUGAGCUGUACUUCCUCAUUUAAGUAUCUUUUUAGGCCGACGUGCGUCGUUGCAUCAGAAGUGUUUCCAUGCUAAAAAUAUGAACUUAUUUUUUCAGACCUGCCAACUAGUACAUAUUUGACAAUCCAACUGCAGUCACACGGUGGUACCCAAAAAUGUCAGAGAAAUGUUCAAGUGGUUAAAAAAAAAAAAGUUUUGCUUUUUGCCGUCUGCAAAAUGGGUAAAACUAAAAGUGCGAAAUAUAUUUUCUGGAAUGUGCUUCACAGUAAAAGUAUUUUCACGUGGAAGCAGUAUUGCCCACACACAGAGAGCUUUGUUGUGAAAGGAUGACGGUGUCAGGGCUAAUGCUAGCAGGCUAAUUGAAUUAUCUACUUAAAGUUUUCCUAAAAAAAAAAACAGUUUUAGGUUCCCAGAGGAAAUUUUUUUUUGAUAAGUCUUGCCCAUCGACAGUAGUCUCUCAGUGACAAAGCACAAUAAACGAACAAACGUGUUUUCUUCCGUAAGUCAAGCAGCUUAUUUACUCCGCUAACCGCAUGUGUGAACAAUUUUGCGGUCAAACAUUUGUGCUAAAAUUACAGAACGCACCGUGGAUUUCAUUUCAUUUGCUGCUGUGUAAAAAAAAAUACGUUGGCGGGUUUGUUUCUGAAGUUGUUCCCACUUUCAGGUUUCAGAAGCGUCUUGGUUCGAGGCCUCCGAAGUGUUUUGGAAUCCAUCCGGUUCACGUCAUUCCACUUUGGAUAAUCAGGGAACACGAAGCGCACGUUUCAGGGAUGAACGAGGAAUGUGGAGUUACCGGGGACCUUUUUUUUGUUUUCCAUUUACACUCCUGCAGAAUGUUAGCAUGAACGUGUUUACCAAAAAAGAAAAACUCAAAACUAGAAUUUGUCAUUUUGUUAUUGUUAUGGGUUGUCUCGUAUUAACUCCGCCUCCAUCAUAUGUACACUUUUUUUUACUGAUCUGCAUUAAGUCACUUUGGGCUGUUUUAUCUGCUGCCCUCAAAACAAAAGUAUUAUUUUCUGCUGUAGUCAGAGUGACGUCGCUCAUUUCAAGGAUGACAAAGUGUGUGUGCGUGUGUGUUACGGCAACAUGGCUGUAAAGGGACAAAGAUACACUUUUCUGUUUCUUUGGGUUUGUGUUGUAUUGAUAAUAAAAGUAAUUUCACUCA